UAGCCAUGGGGUGCAUUAAAAGCAAAGAAGAUAAAGGUCCAGCCAUGAAAUACAGAACUGAUAAUACUCCAGAACCUGUUAUUUCCCAUGUCAGUCAUUACGGAUCAGAUUCCAGCCAAGCAACACAGUCACCGUCAAUAAAGGGAUCAGCAGUUAAUUUUAAUAGUCAUUCCAUGACUCCUUUUGGAGGGCCCUCUGGAAUGACACCCUUUGGAGGAGCAUCAUCUUCAUUUUCAGCUGUGCCAAGUCCAUAUCCUAGUACUUUAACAGGUGGUGUUACUGUAUUUGUGGCCUUAUAUGAUUAUGAAGCUAGAACUACAGAUGACCUUUCAUUUAAGAAAGGUGAACGGUUCCAAAUAAUAAAUAACACGGAAGGAGACUGGUGGGAAGCAAGAUCCAUUGCUACAGGAAAAACAGGCUACAUCCCAAGUAAUUAUGUAGCUCCUGCAGACUCCAUUCAAGCAGAAGAGUGGUAUUUUGGUAAGAUGGGCAGGAAGGAUGCAGAAAGGCUACUUUUAAAUCCUGGGAACCAGCGUGGUAUUUUCUUAGUAAGAGAGAGUGAAACCACUAAAGGUGCUUACUCCCUUUCCAUACGUGACUGGGAUGAGGUCAGAGGUGAUAAUGUGAAACACUACAAAAUCAGAAAACUUGACAAUGGUGGAUACUAUAUCACAACCAGAGCACAAUUUGAAUCUCUACAGAAGUUGGUGAAACACUACAGAGAACAUGCCGAUGGGCUGUGUCAUAAGCUAACAACUGUGUGUCCCACUGUGAAACCACAAACACAGGGACUAGCAAAAGAUGCUUGGGAAAUUCCUAGAGAGUCUUUGAGGCUGGAAGUUAAGUUGGGCCAAGGAUGUUUUGGUGAAGUGUGGAUGGGAACAUGGAAUGGAACCACAAAAGUAGCGAUCAAGACACUAAAACCUGGUACAAUGAUGCCAGAAGCUUUCCUGCAGGAGGCUCAGAUUAUGAAGAAAUUACGACAUGACAAACUUGUUCCACUGUAUGCUGUUGUUUCUGAGGAACCAAUCUACAUUGUCACUGAAUUCAUGACAAAAGGCAGCUUGCUAGACUUCCUUAAAGAAGGCGAAGGAAAAUACUUAAAACUCCCACAGCUGGUUGACAUGGCUGCUCAGAUUGCUGAUGGCAUGGCUUACAUUGAAAGAAUGAACUACAUCCACAGGGAUCUCCGGGCAGCUAACAUUCUUGUAGGAGACAAUCUUGUGUGUAAAAUAGCAGACUUUGGUUUAGCAAGGUUAAUAGAGGACAAUGAGUACACUGCAAGACAAGGAGCUAAAUUUCCAAUUAAAUGGACCGCUCCAGAAGCAGCAUUGUAUGGUCGGUUUACAAUCAAGUCAGAUGUGUGGUCAUUCGGAAUUUUACUGACUGAGCUGGUAACAAAGGGGAGAGUGCCAUAUCCAGGGAUGGUGAAUCGGGAAGUUCUGGAACAAGUGGAACGUGGAUAUAGAAUGCCUUGCCCACAAGGCUGUCCAGAGUCUCUCCAUGAGUUAAUGAAACUGUGUUGGAAGAAGGACCCUGAUGAGAGACCAACAUUUGAAUAUAUACAGUCUUUCUUGGAGGACUACUUUACUGCUACAGAACCACAGUACCAGCCUGGAGACAAUUUAUAAGCCAACAGUCUAUAUAACAUGCACAAAUCUGCCAAAUGUAAAAGACUUGCAAAGAAUUCCUGACUUCUAUAAGGAAUCAAAGGAAAGAAAAUCUUC